UGCUCCGCCUCUGCUCUAACAUCACAGCACACACAUUCACUUCUCUGCAGCAGAAAAUGUCGUUCAAGAGGUACGUCGAGAUCGGGAGGGUGGCCCUCGUCAACUACGGAAAAGACUACGGAAAGCUUGUCGUCAUCGUCGAUGUUAUCGACCAGAACAGGGCUCUUGUUGACUCACCUGACAUGGUAAGAAGCCAGAUGAAUUUCAAGAGGCUUUCUCUUACAGACAUCAAAAUUGACAUCAAGAGGGUGCCGAAGAAGAAGACUCUUGUUGCUGCUAUGGAGGCUGCUGAUGUUAAGGGAAAAUGGGAAAGUAGCUCUUGGGGCAGAAAGUUGAUUGUUCAGAAGAGAAGGGCUUCCCUCAACGAUUUUGACCGGUUUAAGCUUAUGUUGGCCAAGAUCAAGAAAGCGGGAGUUGUCCGACAAGAGCUGGCUAAGCUUAAGAAAGAGACUGCUGCAUGAGUAGUAUAGAUUUUGGUUUUUGGUUUUUGGCUUUUGGUGUAGGAUUUUGAGACUUGUAUUUGUUUCUUUUGCAGCCCUUAUGUUUCAUAUUUUCUUGUUUUGAGUAAUCAUUUUUUCACUUAACCUUUUACUGUUUUGGCUCUUUAAACAAAAUUAUCGUAUUCCAA